AUGGAAGACGAAAAUAUUGUGCUCGUCUCCCACGACGAUGUCGAUACCAUGCCCCCGCACCUAGCGGAAGUUAGUAACUUUGUUGACUCUGUCGCUGACGAUCUAUGGUCCAUCAACAAACGCAUCCAUGACAACCCGGAGCUCGGUUAUCAUGAGCACGAUGCCCACGCGACCUUGACGACGUUCAUGAAGUCCCGAAAUGGCUGGAAGGUCACCACCUCAGCCUACGGCAUGGAAACGGCUUGGCUGGCAGUCUACGACAGCGGAGAGGAAGGCUCUGUUGUGUCGUUCAAUGUUGAGAUGGACGCCCUACCAGGCAUCGGCCACGCCUGCGGCCACAACCUCAUUGCAAUCGCCUCCUUAGCCGCUGGUCUCGCCACCUCCUCAGUACUUCAGCAUCACCAGCUCCCCGGUCGCGUAGUUAUCUUUGGCACCCCCGCAGAAGAAGGCGGAGGUGGGAAGAUCCGCCUCCUCCGCGCCGGCGCCUUCCAGGACCACGGCGUAGACCUCUCCCUCAUUUCGCACCCGGGGGUUGUCCACGACCGCGCGUUAGUCGCCACCACAGCCUAUGCUCAGUUCAGAGUUGAGUAUUUCGGACGAGCCGCACAUGCAGCUAACAGUCCGUGGCUGGGUAUUAAUGCCCUUGACGCCCUCAUCGUGGCGUAUAAUGCGAUUUCCGUAUUACGACAGCAGACGAUGCCGGGCGAUGUGAUACAGGGGCAUAUUACUGAUGGCGGAACUGCGCCUAAUAUAAUCCAUGCGUACGUGGCGGGGGUAUUCGUGGUGCGGGCGCCCACGGCGGUAAGGUUGCGGGAACUAAGAGAAAAAGUCAACGCGUGUUUUCAUGCUGGGGCAACGGCAACGGGGGCUAGGUUAGAAAUUACUCUCAUGCAGAUGUACAAGGAUCAUGUGCCGAAUCGGGUUUUAGGGACGUCGUACGUGCGGUGCUGGAAUGCGCUAGAUCCGCCGACGCGGAUCACAAUUCCAACGGACGACAGGGAUGGAGGUGUUGAAAGAAUUGCAGCGAGUACAGAUCAGGGAGAUGUCAGUUACAAGAUGCCGAGUCUGAAUGUCAGUUUUUCUAUCCCGUCUGGCGUGGACGGGGGUGGGCCGCACAGUCCUGGAUUUGCUGCCGCGGCCGGGACGAAGGAGGCUUUUCUGCGCAGUCUGAGGACGGGGAAGGCGAUAGCGGGGACAGCAGUGGAUGUGCUUGCUACGCCUGGCUUGCUGGAGAAGGUCAAGGAGCAGUGGGAGAAAGAUAUGGCGUUCGCGACUAAUACAAGGAAAUGA